ACCUAGACUUGAUCGAACACCGGUUGUCCCAUCUCUCUUUCUCUCUCUGAUAAGAGAUCUGUCGAAAAUGGAACAUGUUGUCAAGCUAAAGAAGAUGAAGAAGAAACCGACGUCUCCGAAAGCUUAUUUGAAGAAAAAACCCAUAAUCAAAGUGACAUACAUAUCGAAUCCGAUGAAGGUACGGGCGAAUAAUGAAUCUGAGUUUCGAGCCAUUGUUCAAGAACUCACCGGCAAGAACUCAACCGUUGCUGUUGACACUUGGCCGGAGUUAGAAGAAACUACUGUCCACGACCACGACCACGACAGCAUGAUCAUCAAUGGCGUUCUUACUACUACUACUACUACUCCUGAUUCAGCUACUGUGGAACAGGAGGAGAUGAUCGAAAUCGCGAGAUCGACGCAGACGCAGACGUUUGAAUAUAAUUUUGAUGAUGAAAUUAGUAGUAAUUCCUUACUACUAGAUAACUUAAAUGGGUUUCAAUACUAUUGGGGUACUAUUCUUGCGUAAAUAAUAUAUUAAUAAUUUUAUAACUA